AGAACGUAGAGCGAGUGUUGUUUUUGCUGAAACAAUUACGAUGCUUUACGAAGAUGUCGCAAGGAUUGUUGAAGCUCAUCAGCCACUGGUAGAGACUUAUUACGGUAGUUUUUUAUCCGUACAUUUUAUUAUAUGCCAAGUCCUGUUAACAACUUGUAACAACUUUGUUGAUAUUAUUAGACUUGUUGCAAGGUUGUUCCAAUAAAUCUGAUACAGUCAUUAGCCUAUAUAACAAAAUACAACCUUGUGUCGUCAACGUUGUAACAUUCUUGUUAUAUCAUGACUGUAUCGGACUUGUUUGAACAACCUUGUAACAAGUCUGAUAAUGCCACCAAGCUUGUUACAAGUUGUUAACAGCUUGUUUCAAACUUGUUACAACAAACUGGGAACAAGCAGUGCGAACACAACUUGUCAACGGCUUGUGAAUAGAUUUGUAACAACUUGUUUGCAGACCUGUAACAACUUGUGCGUUUUUACGUGUGUAAGCGAAGCGUGCAUCCAGAUCACCUUUGCGAGCGCGUGUAUACACGAGUAUGCUAACACAAGUAAAAACUCACAAGUUGUAACAAACCUGCAGCAGAUUUGUAGCAAUGCUGUUCCAACAACUUGUCAACAGAAUGCGUUCGCACUCCUUGUUCCUAGCUUGUUGACAAGUUUGUCAACGGCUUGUUGAUAACUUGCUACAAGGUUGUUGAAAAGUCAAUUUGUUCUGUAGGACCUGGCCAUAUCUUUCCUCUUCUGAAAAAGCUGCAGGUUUGUGUGAAUCAUAUAUACUGAGAAAAAACAGUUUCAAAUUCAUAAAAUUCGUUGGCUCGAGCGGGAUUUGAACUCGCAUCUUCGGGUAUCUAGACCACCGCUCUACCCAUUGAGCUAUCGAGUCAACGGGGAUUGGUAGCGAGUCUUAUCCAAUUUAAGUGCACGAAAUAUUUUCGUGACAACUUAACGCUUGUCUUAGAGGACGCGCAGUGUUCAGAAAAUCUUAGAACAUUGGGUUUCAACUCUCAAUUUCCAGACAUUAUAACUAAAUAUUUCAUAUGUAUUAACAUACUUCAUUGUACGUUCAUUUACUGCAGCAAGAAUGCGACAGACAGGCUGAAGCAAUCACAAACCAAUUUACAAAUAAGAGAGAUUUUUAUGCAAAGGUAGGUUGUAGCAUUGAUUGACUAUGGACCCAUUGCACAUGACGUCACAGCGCCGGCGACGAUGCAUCUGGAGGACAAAUUAGCAAACUAUGCAUAAUAUAACUUUUGUAAACAAGGCAAAUUUUGUAAAAGUUUAUAAUAAUUUCGUAUUAAAAUGGUUAAUUUUUGCGCUGCAUGUGGUUGUUGUACCCGAACAGAUAUUGUUAGGGAGCAUCUGGAGGACACUCUAGGGAUGUGUGACGUCAGUGCAAUGGGUCUAUAAGUAAGAAUCUUAUCAUUGAUUGACUAUAAUUAAGCUACUACCAAAAUCCAGUAUGCUCAUGAGCAUGAUCAUAUACAUACCAAAAUUCGGUAUGCUCUUGAGAAUGCUCAUAUACAUACAAAAAUCCGGAUGCUUUUGAGAAUGCUCAUAUACCGUGUACAUACCAAAAUCCGGUCUAAGUUUUGAAGGAUUUGUAAGAAAUGUUUGAGAAAACUGACUUAAUGUGUCAAUUCCCUCAGACAUUUCUUACAAAUUCCAACUGUGAUCACAGAAACUUUGAUAGUGUACACCAGCCUUGAGGCGCACAUAUAUUGAUCAGCUGAGCUGAAUCAGAAGAAAAGCACACUAGCGAGCACAAUGGUUUUUCAAAUAUGAUCUUGAAUCCAGUGGUUUUUAUCUUCCAGAUUAAAUCUAUUCAACAAAUUUCAUCGUCGAAAAGUUCAACCGCCAACCUUGAAAGGUCCAGAUUAUUUUGUAUUAUCUUUUGGAAUUCAUAGUUUGGAAUUUCCUUUCCUAUUUUCCCAUUUCGUAACAUACUUUCUUUGCGGUUUUUUAGGAUAGAUCCGCGGACGUUGGAUGUCCUGUUGGGGGAGAUAGUUCUCAUGAACUCCAGAACUGAACUGUAUUUCCGCUUUCUGAAAAAUCAAGUUGUCGUAAGUAGAUCUGAUCCAGUUAGAAAAUGAGCACGCUAGAUGAUCGCGCAUUGUAAGUGUCUGAUUACAUUUCACUUUUUAGGCCGAUAUGGAAGUUUUACCUGACGAAAACAAACCAGAAGGUAAUGGAAACUUGCUAGUCUUGCUUAUUUAAUAAAAUUUUACAGUGGUGCCUGAAUUACUUUGAAUUUGUACUCGAGUAAAAGUAGAAGUAAUUAACAAUAAAACGACAUGAGUAAGAAUUAAAACGUACUGGAGGAAAAAAGUACAAUUUCAGAACCAUCCUCAGAGAUACGAAAAACCAGUUUCAUAUUAUUCUUAAAUUUUUCGUUGGUCGAUUGCAGUGUCAGAAUAAUAUGAAACUGUUUUUUUAAAAAGUACAAGUAUCCUUAAAAAUACUUGAAGUAAAAAGUAAAAGUACUAUUGUCUGUAGCGUGUAAGGCGGGGGAGGACUUCUUCAAUGCAUUGACAUACAGGACACAAAACAGCACACGCAUUAUAUGCGUGCAUCUAAUAUACAAUAUUUCACGGCAUGGUCUACUUUCCAGACCCCGUUGAAGAUAUAAGAAAUCCAUUAAAUAAAUAAUGCUUAUAAGUAAGCCACAAAUGAGAGAUCCCAAACGCAUGUAAAGGUAUCUAUUACCUAUCCCCAAAUUAAAAUAAAUCGGGAAUAAAUCACGUAAAAUUAAACAAAAGUUAGAAGGUAUCUUUCAAUCUGAAUCAACCACUCAAUUUUAGACAUGCAGAAGUUUUUGGAAAAGCUAAUAACAGACAGUGGUUUAAGUCGAAAAAUGCAGGUAUAUAGGAGCAUUAAAGCAUGUGUGAAUAAAUUCAGUUGCGAUAUUUAAUGAAUAAAGUAGUAAUUAAUAAAUGUGAGUCGUUUUUUCAGGAAAUAAUUGGUUCGUAUAUUAUCAUGGAAGAAUUUUACAUGAGAGAAACCGUCAACAAGGUUAUUACUUUUGUUUUGAAGCUUUUGGUCAAACGAGAACGAGAGUUUAUGAGAGUAUAGAUGGAUUUAUUAAAUAAGUUGUCUUGCAACCAGUAAGUUCUGUGAUUAGGGCCUGAACUUCAGGUUACCAGUAGGUUGAAUUGUACAACUUUAGUGACAAUUUAUAAAAAAACUACUGUUAAAAUGCCAAUAAUUCUUUAACAUGCAGUUAAGUAUGUAUACACUGACAAUUUUUGUGCAACACUAAUUUUGAUAGGUUAGAAGUUUGAAGUUAAAAAUUGUCUGGAUUAAAAUGUUCCAAUAAAUCAUAAGAUCUUUAAGCCUGGCGCACACGAUGCAAUUUUAGUCGGCCGAUAAAAAUCGUUUGACUAAAACUAACAGCAUCGUUGUGUGUGCGGUGUCAUUUUUAACUGAUUUUUGUUGCUCGAUUUUAAUCGGACAACAUCAAAACGUUUUGAUAUUAUACGAUUUUUAUCGGUGGAAUUUUAAGUAUACCAAUCAGAUUUCAUGCUGUGAUCACAUGCUUGUAUUUAUUUGGCAACAUGGCGGCUACAGUUCAGGGAGCAUAUUUUUUUCGUAAUCGUGUGCGGAGUAUACCGAUAUAUAUUAUAUCGGUAUGUCAAACGAUUUUUAUCGGCCGAUUAAAAUCGCAUCGUGUGCGCCAGGCUUAAAACUCAAUUAAAAUUUACUUUGUAAAUGGUUAGUUUAUUUUGAAAAAUUGCUUUUCACAUUGUUUUAAUUGUCUGCAUUGGUUAACGAGAAUUGGAUGCCACCCAAAAAUGGCGGAUAUUCGUCAUCGUGAGAAAGGCUAAUUGUUCAGUUUGUACACUUUGGAAGGGUAUAAAAGUGUUUCGGUAACGAUUUUUUUUUUGCAUCUUGGCAAAACAAAUGGGGUUUUCCUCCGUAAUUUAUUCGAGGAUUGUCCUUUAUUUAGCAAGCGGGAGUUUGUGUAUGAGAACUGGGUUGAUAUCUGACCAGUCAAAUGAGCAAAACCUCUCAUGAAAUCUCAUCAAAAUUUGAACCAGCUCAAAAUUGAUGAGAGUUGAUGAAAAUAUAUGAUUCCAGGUACAUACUAAAUUUUGAUCUAGGCAAGAAGAACAAAAUCCAUCACCACAGCUAGAAAGAGCAUGUUCAAAUUAGUAAAAUUGCAAAGUUUGGCCGCGAAAUGCUGCAAAACGAGGAAAAUAUAGCGCUGCGAAAUUUGCAAAUUUUGUAUAUUAAUUUGUAUUACGCGUGGAAAAAUGCACCACAUUUGGCCGAAAGUGGUGCAUUUUCCCGUGCAUGCGUAUAAUAAAUACAAAUUAACACAACAUUUGCAAAUUUCGUAGUAUAGCCAUACUCUCCUUAUUUUACAACAUUUCGCGGUCAAACUUUGCAAUUUUACUAAUUUUAUGCUCUUUCUAGCUGUGGUGAUGGAUUUUGUUCUUCUUGCCUAAAUCAAAAUUUAGUCUAUAUUUAGGCUGGAAUCGUAUAUUGGCGGUCAAUCGUGACUCUCGUUGACUCUCGUGAACUCGCAUCCUCAUUGAGCGAGAUUUCUACUUAUAACGAAGUUCGUAAUUAUCUUUACACAUCUCCAGUCAACGUCGAGAGAAACAACGUAUUAUUUUAUUUAGGCAAUCAACUUUGAUACAUUCGAAGGUGAUGAUGACGAAGCCGUGACGUCAAGUAUGGUCGAUGACGUAUUUUUCAUCAUUAAAAAAUCACUCAGGUGAGGUAUUUCAAAAUAUUUAUCACAUCUCAUAUAUUCCAAGCGCUCUGGAGGUUAUGUACCAGUAUGUCGAACAACCCUAUAUGGUAUUUAGUAAAUUAAAAAAAUAAUUUCACAUGUAUGUGAAGACUUAGAAAUAAAAUUUUAGCAUCGGCGUCUUCAUUUUACAGGAGAGUAAUUACUAGUGCGAGUGUUGAUGGAGCAUGCGCAAUGAUGAACCAUGCCAGGUGAAUAAAUUCAAUUUUAUACAUAAAGUUAUGCCUGGUGUAC